AUGACAUCAACGAACGAGGCAGGCCCGCAAGGCAAGGUGACGCUGCCGCGAAUCAGACUCGACCGGACACUGUCGGACCUCUAUCGUCAGACAUGCCCGUCACUCUCCGACACCCGCAUUGGAUUCAUCUUUUGUGGCGCGAGCUGUACAACCGAGCUCUCUGCCGACUUUCCACGCAAUAAGAAGUACAUCUACCAGGACGGAACGUUCAAUGAUGUUGCACGAGCGGAGAAGCCCGACUCGCUGGUCAGGCGCACCCUGGCCCCCAAAUACCUUUGUCUCGUCCCACAACGGGACGCCUUCAUUACCGGCAGAGAGCCCGUCAUCUUCUUCUACAGUGGAAGGUCGAGCGUGGAAAUCGAGCACGAUGAAGCCGAAGCCGAACGCACGCUUUCGGUGCUCGACGAGUCGCAGAGAGCAGAGGCCAUCUUUUGCCCCGGUCCCGGGCACGUAUCGAGAGUGUGCGCAGACCACGGCAUAGGUGUGAUUGGGGCGAAACUCGUUGUCGACUGCAUCGCCGAUCCGAGCGAGGGCGUCGCGCGGCCGACACGAAUGCUGACCGAUCCCGACACCUUCUUCUUUCUGAACGGCAAGGAGGCACUGGCAAAAUCUGGAUUGCCAACGCCCGAGGCCGAGGUGGUUGAAGUACAAGGUUGGUGUCCGGGUGCGGCGAAUUGCUGCGAGGAAUGUGUACGAAGUUUGAUAGAGGAAGACGUGCCAGAAACCUGCACCGGACCCCGAGGCAGAUGGAUUGGAGAGCAGACGGUUCGCAUCCUGGCCGCUAUUGAACGCCAUCCAUUGCCAUUCGUCUUCAAGAAUCAGCAGGCAUUCGCUGGAGCUGGGACGUACGUUGUCACAACAGGGCCACGACGAAAUCAACUGCUCGAGGACUUGACCCAAGGCGGAAUACUACGGAGGCUCCUCGGUCGGAUUACCAAAGACAAUGAACACCUCCGAGCCGGAUCGAUGUUGCUGAUGACGAUGGUCAUCGAUGCGGUGAACGAUUACGGAUUGACCUUCUUCGUAGGGGAAGACGGCUCGCCUACGUUCCUCGCCAUGUCGGAGCAGAUGAUUGACCGAGCCAGCUCCGCGUGGACGGGGAGUAAGAUAUCCUACCCACAUCAAGCCAAUCUGCAGCGGAAGUUUGGAGAUGUCAUGCAUCAGACAGCAAAGUGGUUGCAUCAGCACGGCUACUUCGGCCCAGCUGGAGCAGAUAUCCUGGAGACGCAAAACGGCGAGUUCUACAUUGUCGAUCUGAACGUGCGGACAUCCGGGUCGCUAUGUCUGCCGCUCCUACAGACACACUUCACCUCGCGCGGCUUCCAAUGCGCCAGCUCAAUCUCUGCCACCGUGAGGAAAUCGCGGGAUGAGUUCUGUGAGCAAUGGAGAGGGGAGCUGGAGUCCGGCCAGCUCUGUAUUGUGGCUUGGUACGAAGAUAAGAAUGCCGGCCUGAGCUAUGGGGAUGUCGUGGUGGGCGCGGAGGAUGAAGAGCACCUUACGGAGAUGUUGAGCAAGAUUCGGAGUUCGACGGAGCAAGUGACGUUCUGA